AUGGCUUCCGCCGAGUCUUGCGACAAGGCUGCCCUCGCUGCACCGCCGAAACUCUGCUUCCUCGAUCUUCCUCCCGAAACCCAGAAGGGCAUCUUCAGCCAUUGUUGCCAAAGCGAUCUCAUCUGCCUCGCCCUUGUCUCCAAACACUUUCGCGAACUUGCUGCCGCUCAGCUCUAUCGAAACUUCCACAUCGUAUUCCCCGAUGAAGAUGAUCCGGCUUUCGACUCCCCCAUCGACAGUCUGGCCGGCGGCCUCGAGACCUUCGUCUCGAGCGAUUACAACUAUGCUCAACAUCUACGAGACAUAUCCCUAGACACUUUGAGCGCUGGUGAAAAGGCCGAAGCUGCUUAUAAGCCUUACCUGUACAGCGCCAGUUGCGGCAAGUUCAUGAACACUCUGUUGCUUCUGACUCUCAAGAACGCCAAGUCGCUCGAGACUUUCAGGUGGAACAUCCGAGUCGAGCUCGGCCGCCCCGUCUAUCAGGCAUUACAUCGCAUUGCCCCUCUGAAGAACCUGCACAUUCGGAUGCAGGCUGGACCGUCGCUGUUUGAAAUCCCCCCUCCGCUUCCGUAUACUUCAAAUCUGCCGCCCCCUACCACCCAAGGACAUUGGGAUUCGUUACCAACCUUCGCCGCCGUCCCUCCGCCCUUCCCAAAUAUGUCUCUACCCGUCCCACCACCGUACAACCCCACACUCGGUCCUCCGCCUCCGUUGCCACCCGCCUUGAAACCCGCACCUAGAAGCAAGCGUAGGACGUCGGCUGCCAACGAGCCCGCGACCCUGUCGGGCUUCAGGAAGCUGAACACGCUCGCCGUCCUUGACAUCGACAACUUGGACACCGUGGCCGAGAUCAAGUCGUGCGUGCGAAACUCCGCCUCGACGCUGACUAAGUUGAAGCUCUCCUUCUCCUCGUACUUGGCUGCCCAAGCCCGCAAGCCUCCACCGGACGCAGACCCCGACGAUUCCGACCCGGAUGACGAGUUCCAGGUAGUUCCCAUGUCUUCAGCGCCUGGCUGGGACGAAGCAAGUGGUCCCGCCAAGGCAUUCCGCGCUCAGGAGGAGCGGAAGAGUCAGGAAUCGGUGCUGGGAAGGAUUUUUGACGUGGAGCCCUUCUUAACCAAGAAGUCUCCGCAACGUAAGAGCCUCAAGGGAAAAGAGAAGAUGCCCGUGGUACCUGCGGUCGCAGAAGCGGGGACACCUGCCGAAGCGUUCAUGAACCAACUGCGGGAAGUGUCCAGGAAAAUGGCUCUCGUCACACUAGACGCCGAGGAUGGGGCGAUGAAGGAGGUCCUGGACCUCAUCGAAAAGGCGAGCAGGAAGUACUUGGAGGACCCAGAGGCCGCACAGGGUCGCGAGGAAGUAAAAGCGACGGAAGCGUCUGCCGGAGAAGGUUCUUCUACCGCUCCACCAGCACCCGCAGCGACAACGACUGAUGGCCAGCCGCUCGCGGAGAGUUCCGAGGCUGUUGCUGUGGUUAAUGACAGCACGAGGCCAAAGCCGGCGAUAGGUACAGAUGCAAACCCCGAGGACAUCAACGUUGAGGAGCCGAUCGCGGUCGAAGAAACCGAUGAACCCACAGACUUGAAGACCGAUCAAAGCCAAGAGGACUCCUCGAUCGUUCUCGAAACGAAACCUAACCAGGCCUCGGCCAAAGAAGAGGAAGCAGAGUCAUCCACUAAGAGUCGAGCAUUGGCAAAUCUGGCAACGCAAAGAGCGAACUUUGAAAACCUCGUCUCCCAGCUGCAGCACCUACUUACUGAGGCUACUAACACGCGGGAGGAGCUUAACAAGAUGAGAGACGACACAGAUCACUCUGAUUUGGAGGCAGUUCGGCUCAAAGACAAACAAUUGCAGGGGCUUCAUCGCGACAUUGAGAACGUGAGAGCCGAGCUGAAUGCGACCGAGACUGAGAUUCGCGAUGCGGAAAAACAGCUUCACGGUGUAGCCACAACAGCACAUAAUGAAGACGAGCGCAUCAGCGAGUACAUCCGGUCAACGAGGGGCUUGGCUCUGAGGUCUUUUAGCAUUCACUUGAUUCCAGUCAAGGCAUCCGUUCUCAGGGCCGCCAUUGAUGUUCGGGCACUCAAACGGCUUACCUUGCUUAACGUCGGUAACCAGGCCCCUAUCUGGACAAUGUUAUCCAAGGAAAACAAGGUGCAGCCACUUCCUUUGCGCAAGAUCUUUACGGAUAAUGUGUCCACGACCUUCCUCCAAUUCGCAGGCCAACUGGACCGGAUCGACGAGCUGUUCAUGUUGGAAAGAUCGGCCAAGUACAAGCCUGAGAGCUUUGCGCCCAAGACGAAUGUUGUCAUGGAUCAGAUUCGGCGCCUGGUACUCAAGAAGCAUAUGCCAACCAUCACCAAGCUCAUGAUUAAGAACGACUGCGGGUCGUUCUGGGACGUCGAUGAGAAGGCCAUGCUGCUGAUAUGCAACCGCGGAAGAAAACUCGAAGAGUUGGCGGCGGCGGUUGGAAUCCGCGCUGUGCACACUUUUAUGCAACACAUAUCGGGCCUGGUCAACCUUCGCGCCCUAAACGUGACACAGUUCAGGAACGACGACACAUGCGUCUGGGUCAUGCGGGAGACCAGGAGGUUCAUCGUCGACAAUCUUUGCCACUACCCAGAUCUGAAGUUGGAGUGGAUCUCCAUCGAUGAUGAUCGGGUCGAGCGCAUCAUCCGCCCGCCGCCCCAAACACCGGCUGCCAAAAAGGAGGAGAAGAAGAACAAGAAAGGCAAGGCGAAGGCCUAUACCGGUUCCCAUACCGAUGCGUUCCCGCCGCUCCCCAUGCCGGGCUGGAACGGCUGGACCACGGACAGCGACAGCAGCGAUGACGAAGACACGGAUAUCGUGGCCAACACGAAGCUUGAGACUGUGGAGGGAGUUCACUUUUACGAUGUGUGGGACGUUCGAAUUUUCAAGAAGGAGGUCAUGGCUGGUCGGCUGUAG